AACACCAGAUCUAAAUCCGGGUGAACGAGAUUAAACCUUUUGAGUCUCUCUAGGGUUUUAGUUUGCCAUUCUUAUUCCAGUGGAGUUACUUACCAUACGACGGAAGGUACAGGCGAGAGGUUGGAUCCGACACACUCCGCUAAUUUGCCUUCAUUUCCUUGAGACGCUCACAUUUGCAGAAGAUUGUCAUUCCUCUUACUUUCAUUUUGGCAAUUUGCGAAAUUGAACUUGCAUAUGGCUUUGCGAGGGGUUUGGCAACUUAACAAGCUGGUUGUCAGCUAUUGCAACUGGGGUGGAAGUAGCAGAGGUAUAAGGGCAUUUAUGGAGUCUCAUUUACCAGCAUUUAAGGAGAAGAAUCCUCAAUUAGAGGUGGUUACUGAGCUAAUUCGUGGUCAGCAUCCACAUCUGAAGGCAUUUUACAAGAACAAGAAUCAGCGAGUGAUAUGUGUGAAGAAUAUGGAUCCAGAAGACAUACAUAUGCACGCAACUAGGCUAAGGAAUGCGUUGGGAAGGAAGGUGGUGAAAUUGAGGACAAGACACGUAACUAAACACCCUAGUGUGCAAGGUACUUGGACAACUGCUCUGGAAUAUUGAGAUAGAAAACUGGCUGUGUGAGAAAGUUCCUCUACUUAAGGUGAUUUAAUCAAUUUGUGAUCAAAUGGGUAUAAGUUCUCACAUCCGGCACAAUUUUUUCUUAAGAUCCUUUUCUGUAUCAAGACAUUUUUCUUUUCUUUUUCUGGUUUGUAUUGUUUGCUUCCCAACCAUGAAGCUAAUGAGAACUUAUAAAUAAAUAAACGAAUCUUUUCGUUUCGAAA